UUGAGACAAGAAAGAUCACUUCAUGGUUUGGUAUUGUGCCUAGUACAAGGAUUAAGAGAAAGCAGUGCAAAACAAAGGCAAAAAAAAGUAGGCAUGCUGCUUAUAAUGAAAAAACAAACGUGAUGUAGGGGAAUCCCACUUAGAAGGAAAUUGAAUUUAGUGUUUCCUCUUGCUGGUGAUAUGCUAAGAAUUUUAAGUUCUUAACCCAUUUGAAUUAUUACCUAUGAGUCUGAAGUUUUUCGAUGGAAGUUUGUACACGAAUAAUGGGAACAGCUUUAGACUGAAGCCUUCAGACCAUCUUCAUGGCAAAACACGUUGUAGAGCCCCAGCAUUUGGAGGAUCUGGCAUCAGGUAUCGGUACAUCAGCUAUGAGUAGCUCACCUACUCCUGGAGAGGCUCUGGAGAAGUAUAUGGCUGAUGUUUCCUCUAAAUAUAUUUGUCCUCUCUGCAAAAUGUUUCUGGAGAAUCCAGCACAGGUGCCAUGUGGUCACAACUACUGCAUGUCCUGCAUUGAAUGGUUAUUAAGAAACAUCCCUGAUCCAGAGUGUUUACUGUGUGGAGAGAAAAUAGUCACGGAUGAUGCAAUUUUUAACUUCGGCUCUAUAAAACCAGAUGAAGUCAAGAGCAAGGAAAUUGAAAGAUUUUCAAUCAAGUGUCUGAGGGAGGGUUUUCUUCAGUCUGGACCACUGGACCCAGAUGAGGAAGACCCAUUGACACCAAACUGGAACAGAUGGAAGCAUUCGUUUCCCAAAUACUUUGUGUCCCACCCAUUUGCACUAUGGUUCCAGCGUCCAGUUCGAGAUGCAGACGUUCCAUAUGGAGUUUCAAGUUUACUUCAGAUGGCUGAGAGGGCAGACAGAGUCUCUCCGGAUGGCCCUGGCUCAUCACCUGACGAAAACGAAUUUCCCUUUGGUUAUCCCACCAGCAUCUGUGAGAAUGUGCCCGAUCACAAAUACCUGUGCAGCAGCUGUAAUAACGUCUUGAAGAAAGCCCAGCAAACACUAUGCGGGCAUAGAUACUGCGCGGCUUGCCUCUCAUGGGUUGUACGAAACAACAAAAACCCAAUUUGUCAGAAAUGUAAUGCAGAGGAUCCUGGAACUGUAAAUGAAGGAAGCUUACUGACAGAAGAAAGGGCUUUCAGUGAUGCUGCCAUUAAUAAAGAGAUUUCUGAAUUCAAAGUGCACUGUGGGACCCCUGGAUGCAGUUGGUUUGGUAUCAUGAAAAAUUUUGAAGACCAUCAGAGCCUAUGUGAAUAUGCUUUAAUCCCUUGCCAUACCGGUUGUGGACAAAUGGUGAUGAGAAAGAAACUUGCAGAUCAUUUGGAGAAUGGAUGUGUUAAUAACAUGACCACAUGCCAGAAAUGUAAACGGAGGUUAUCCAGUAAUGAGUACCAAAAGCAUACAUGUGAAGGUAACUCAUCGAAGGAACAAAAACGGAUGCACACAGAAGGCCCAUCAAAGGAAAAGAACCAUUCAACGCCAUUGAACAGCAAAGACGGUUGUCGGUUUUCUGAGAUUGGCUGUUCAUUUAGGGGCAGCAAAGAAAAGACAAAAGAGCAUGAGAAGUCUGCAGUGGGGACCCACUUAAUGAUGCUGCUGCAGCAUAUAAAGCAACUGAGGGCCAGUUUGUUCCCUGUUGGUGGAGCUGCAAAUGGCAUCAUCCCACACUUAGCCACAGCAGAGUGUAAAGUGAAGGGUUUGGAAAGAAAAGUCUCCGAUCUCCAGCUCCAAGGGGCCCUGGAAGUCAGUGGAGAUCUGGAAGUGGACUGUUUUCCUGGCUCAUCUGUUUAUGAGGAAGAGUCAAUUCUGCAACAGCUUGUAAGGGAGAAAGUGAUUUCUGAGCUGGAAAAUAAGUUGCACGUGUUUGAGAAUAUUGUGGCGGUGCUCAACAAGGAGGUGGAGACCUCUAACCUAGAGAUCGCAGCCUUUCGGAGGAAGAGUGGACUUGAUCAAGAUGUAAUACAAAGCCUGGAAUUGAAGAUUACAGAGCUGCACCGAUGUCUGACACAGAAAGAUGCAGGCCUGAGCAAACUCCAUAAGCGUCUCCAGUCUUUCGAACAAGCGUCCUACGAUGGAGUCUUUUUAUGGAAAAUUACAGAUGUCAACAGAAAGUACCAUGACUCUGUGACUGGAAGAGUAGUCAGUUUGUUUUCUCCAGCUUUCUACACUGCGAAAUAUGGCUACAAAGUCUGUCUGAGGAUUUAUCUGAAUGGCGACGGAACAGGGAAGGGAACCCAUGUUUCUCUCUUCUUUGUUGUCAUGAAAGGGGAGUAUGAUGCUCUGCUUCCAUGGCCUUUCAAACACAAGGUCACGUUUAUGAUGCUUGACCAAAACAACAGAGAGCAUGUAAUUGAUGCUUUUCGUCCAGAUCUGACUUCUGCUUCAUUUCAAAGGCCAGUGAGCGACAUGAAUGUUGCAAGUGGCUGUCCCAUGUUCCUCCCUUUGUGCAAAUUACAGUCACCCAAAUAUGCCUAUGUCAGAGAAGACACACUUUUCCUUAAGUGUAUUAUUGAAACAAAUUCAUAAACCCUGGAAUAAGGGUACUUGCCAAUACACCCAUGGAAAGUCUGUCUAGGGAGAGCCUUCAGCUUGAAUCCUUGUGUGUAUUUUCAUGCCCACACAAAAUCCAGUGAGUCAGAUCCUGCAGCUCCACUGACGUCAUCUACACCAGCUGCAGAUCUACCCAUUGUGUUUACUUUCUCCAUAGUGUCUUAGGCACAUUGCCUCAUGCCACCAGUGCAAGUGCUAUGUUGUUGGAAAUGAUCAAAAUAGUGUUUUAAAAAAACUCAGUUGAUACUCUUAAAUUCCAAACUGAGAGAUAGAUUCUAGUCAGUCCCAGCACAGGUGCACGUGUGGGGAUGGUAGAAGGAGCAUGCCUCUUCUUCCCCAAUGCCCACUCCUAUCUCUUCACACAUGUCCCAGGGGCUGACCAGAUUCCUAGUGGAGCAUAGUCCCUGCUCCUUUCUCAUGCUCCUGUGAUUGCCCGACUUCUAGAAAGAAAGAAGUGAAGGCUGAGCCUUAACUCUGCACCCUUUGUAGAGAAAUGAGUAUGCUGUACCCUCCCCAAGGAUUUGUAUUCUGUCUCUCAUUGCAUUGGGAUUCAGAUUUUCCAGUCAGUCACACAUAGAGACACACGCAUCAGCUAGCAUAAAUGGGUGUGUAACUUCAAAAGCGGUGGGUUGUGGCUGAAUAUUCACAACUUAAAUUCCUUGCACUAUAUGAUAUGAUUUUGGUGUUUAUUUUAUACACUGUAGAAAUAUUCUUGCACAUUAGCCAUGUGAUUGUUGGUUUCAGCCAGAUUUUAUUGUGUCAUAUGAAUCAU